UGCGGCGCACUUGGCCCAGCUGCGACAGCCCGGGGGGUUGUCCCAAACUUCAGCAGACAGCGUGAGAAGAAAAAAGCUCCUUUGACGUCAGCCACGUUAGAUUUCAGUAGUCCAAGAUGGCGGAGGUGAGCGGGUUGAGGAGCAGAAAUCACAUCGAGCCCAACUGCAAAAACCGAACCGUUGACGAAGGUUUGAGCGGUGUGGAAGAUGUCCCCAUUUUUCGGCACAAGCAGAGGCCUCCUCUAGCCAGGCCUGAGGACCUGGAGGAUGAAUUUCUUCCUAGGACCCUGACCCCAAACUCAGGCAAAAAUGCUUCCCUCACCCCCUCACCAGACGAAGACAUUCAGGAAGAAGAGGUUUGGGUGGAAGAGGAAAAGGCCAGACCCAUCCAGAUCGUCCUGGCCAAAGAGGAUGAGCACAGCUUUGAGCUGGACGCCCCAGCGCUGGAGAAGAUCCUGCUGCAGGAUCACGUGAAGGACCUAGACGUGGUGGUCGUGUCAGUGGCCGGGGCCUUCCGCAAAGGAAAGUCUUUCCUGCUGGACUUCAUGCUGCGCUACAUGCAUCGUCAGAAUGACUCAUGGAUGGGAGGCGAUGAUGAGCCACUGACAGGAUUCACCUGGAGAGGAGGCUGCGAGAGGGAGACCACAGGAAUCCAGAUCUGGAACGACGUCUUCGUGGUCGACAAGCCUGAUGGCAGUAAGGUGGCUGUGCUCCUUGUUGACACUCAGGGGGCAUUUGACAGCCAGUCCACCAUCAAGGACUGUGCUACUGUGUUUGCCCUCAGCACCAUGACAAGCUCUAUACAGGUGUACAAUCUCACCCAGAACAUCCAGGAGGACGACCUGCAGCACCUACAGCUCUUCACAGAGUAUGGCCGACUGGCAAUGGAAGAGAUCUACCUGAAACCUUUCCAGUCCCUGAUGUUCCUGAUCCGGGACUGGAGUUAUCCUUAUGAACACGGCUACGGUCUGGAGGGAGGCAACCACUUCCUGGAUAAAAGACUACAGGUGAAACAGAACCAACACGAGGAGCUGCAGAAUGUGAGGAAGCACAUCCACUCCUGCUUCUCCAACAUCAACUGCUUCCUGCUGCCACACCCUGGCCUAAAGGUGGCUACCAACCCCUACUUUGAUGGAAGGCUGAAGGACAUUGACGGGGAGUUCAAGAAGUAUCUGCACAAGCUGGUGCCUCUUCUGCUUGCUCCAGAACGACUGGUGGUGAAGGAGAUCGGAGGCAACAAAGUCACCUGCAGAGAUCUACUGGAGUACUUCAAGGCUUACAUAAAGAUCUACCAAGGGGAGGAGCUGCCUCACCCAAAGUCCAUGCUGCAGGCAACUGCAGAAGCCAACAACCUGACUGCUGUGGCAGGAGCCAAAGACAUGUACAGCAAGAGCAUGGAGCAGGUAUGCGGUGGGGACAAGCCAUACAUCGCCCCGACUGACCUCGAGCGUUCCCACGGAGAGUUCCGCGAGAACUCUGUGCAUUUCUUCCGCUCAGUGAAGAAAAUGGGUGGAGACGAUUUCUGCCAGCGCUACCAGAACCAGCUGGAGGCGGAGCUGGACGAGACCUACGCCAACUUCUCCAAACACAACGACGGCAAAAACAUCUUCUACGCCGCUCGCACACCCGCCACACUUUUCACUGUCAUGUUCGUCACCUACGUGGUGUCCGGGGUCACGGGCUUCAUCGGUCUGAGCCCCUUAGCGGCGCUGGCUAACCUGUUGAUGGGCGUGGCACUGCUGUCACUGUGUGCCUGGGCGUACGUGAAGUAUUCUGGAGAGUUUCGAGAGGUGGGGACUUCGAUAGACCAAGUGGCCGAGUUACUCUGGGAACAGGUUCUGAAGCCAUUAAGCGAACAUUAUAUGGAAGACAACGUCAGACAGACGGUGGUUAACUCCAUCAAAGCCAGCUUGACAGAACAGGGCUCGCAGCACGCCAAGUUAAAGACUCACUGACGAUCCUCCUCCUCUUUCUUCACCUUGCCCGUCAUGCUCAUCGCCCUCCUGCCCAUUCGCUCCAUGCGUUCAGUCCUUCAACUGUGGAACUCGCUCAACACCAAAGCUUCCCCCCUCCUCCUUCCCCCCCAACACUUCACUGCACGCUCUGUAUCUGCUGUUAUGGACCUGUAGGCUCACUAUCUGUGCUGCUCAUCAACGCCACCCAGUGCCUCAGAGCAGGAACUGCAUGUUAAUGAGAGGACUGAGCAGAGACGCCAAACCAGGACCUGAAAGACUGUCAUCUCCUCCAGUGUGCCAUGCUGUGAUAGACACCUGUUGUGUUGUAGUGCGUACUGUAGACACACUGACGCGUUUGCUUGCAGCAGACUGUAUCGCUUCAGGAUUGAGCUGUAAUUCAGGGAAAACUGACACGGCUUUGAGCAGCUGUAACAACAAUGAAUGCAAACUUAUAACCUGAUGUCCGUGCAUUUCUUUGUUUCGUCUCACAGGCCAGACGGUUCAGUUUACUUUUCUUCUGUCUCCUAAAAGCACAAGCUACCGUCUCUCCCUUUAAAAGUGUGUGAAUGUGACCCUGAAGAGAUCUUUAGGAAGCCUUGAGCCUCUCUGCUGAUGUUUGUUUUUAAUGCAGAACUGACAUACUCUUUUAAAGUGAUCUGGCUUUUAGUGUCUCUUGGCAGACCUGCCAGUGUUUUGGCCCUCUUUGUGGUGCCACUUAGCGAUAGCACUUAGCUAGCUCAGGGCUUUUGAAGCCAGGUCUCUUGAUUCUCUUGUUGAAAUUUUGCUUUUCUGCUGCCUUUCAUUGAAGCUGAACCAGCCCUUUUUUUCUCCUCGCAGUUUUAGGAGCUUUUAGCUUUUGCUGAUAGAAAUCUUAAACAUUAACUUCUUUCAAGGAAACGUUUGACAUCAUGUAAAAUAUGCCUGUUACUUUCUCACAUGGACUUUGAUGGGAAGAUUGAUACCAUUUAAGCGGGAUGAAUAUGAAGCUGAAGCCUUGGAAUGGAGCCUUGGAUAAAACAGUGGUUGAAAUGUUAAAAUUGGCCUCAACCAGUUACUCCAAAGCUCAGUUCUUGACACUUUAUAAUUUAAUAAUUACAUUUACGUACAAACCGGAUUCUGAAUCAUUUUGUUCUCAUAAUAAAUUUGUCAUUUUAUGACAGCAUGCUCUGUAAAAGCGCAAACUAUCAUUCUAAUUAUUUGUUUAUUUGCACAAAUCAAACUAGUCAGCAAUCAGUGACCUUUUCAGGCUAUCAUUUUUCCAGGUUAGCUGCUUUCCCUAUUUGCAAUCUUUGUGCUAAGCUAAGGUAGCUUCAUAAUUAGCCUGGGGCCAUAAAUCUAAUCUUCUGAUCUAACGCCCAGUGAGAAAGCAGAUAGAAAGCAUAUCUCUCCAAAUGUUGAGGUUCAUCAUAAACUGACAGAGGAUUCAGUCUCCUGCCUUCCUCUUGAGCUGCAUGAAUCUGAGUCACUACGUUUCCUCUUUAACAGGAAGGGAUUUUUUCACUAACAGCUUCAUCACGUCUGUCUCGGCUCUUUUGCGUUGAUUCCAUCCACAUUAUCUCUCAGCUCAAACGCCAGUCUAAUACUGUACAGUCUCUUUUUUUCUCUGUGGUCACUCGUUACGACAAAUUGGGCAUGUAUGUUGGAUUAAAUAUUUAAAUAAACUGUAUACAUUUUAUAGUGAAUCAGUUGACCAUGGCUGUUUAUUUUUUCUUCUUUUGAUCAGCUUAACAGUCGAUGGUUUGUUUAAGAUUGAAAAAUUGCUGCUGUAGGGUUUACACUAGUUCUGUCCCCGUCAUGAGGACAGACGUUAAUAGAAACACGUGAUGUGUAUUCUUGGAUUGUGAUAGGAACUUCUGGUUGUGAUGAGUGAGCUGGAGACAGUGUCUGUCUGCCUUUUAAAGAUAUCUGGUAAAUUAUUUUUGAAUAAAAUGCAUAUCUUAAGAAUAAAUAAUCAAUACAU